AUGAUGAAGAACAUCAUUACUAUCGCUGCCUUCGCUGCUGGCACCAACGCUCUCGUUGGACGCAGUGACAGCUGCUGCUUCCACCUUACCUCUUCCGGUGAUGCCUCCGGCAAGCUUGGCCAGCUGAGCGAUGGUCAGAACCGGAUUGGCGAUGACAGCCUGUCGCCCGCCCAGUACUGCAUUGAUUCUAAGGGUGCCAUUACCGACGCCAAUGGCCGUGGCUGCAUUCUUACCCCCCCCACUACUCAGUUCCAGUGUGACGAGGGUGCUUCUCCCACCCCCGGCUUCUCUCUCGGCCCCAACGGUGAGCUCGAGUACCACGGCGGUAAGGACUUCGUUGCCUGUGCCACUGGUCAGAACGGUGGUCUGAACGUGUACACCACUCCCAACGAGUCCGAUGUUACCGGUUGCGUGAACGUCAAGUUGACUGCCGACUCCUGCUCAAACUCCGGCUCUGGCUCUGGCUCUGGCAGCUCUUCAUCUGCUAGCGCUGUUCCCUCUUCUUUCGGAUCCUCCAGCGCUCAGUCAACUCCCUCUUCUCCUGCCUCGUCUGUCCCAGUUGCCCAGUCCACCCCUGCUAGCUCUGCUCCCGUCUCGGAGUCCACUACUGCUCCCAGCUCUAGCAGUCCUGGAUCUGGAUCUGGAUCUGGCUCUUCUGCCCCUGCUCCCUCGGGCUCUGCUUCCGCUCCAUCGGCCCCCGAGGAGUCUCCUCUCUCAGGCUCUCCUAUCACUGUCGUGAACACUAUCACUGUCACCGACUGCAGCUGCUCCGCCACCGCCCCUGUCGGUGGAGGUGAUUCUGGCUCGCAGUCUGUGCCUUCCGCCACUGGACCUGCUCCCUCCGGCAACGGUGGCGAGGGUAGCUCGCAGCCUGCUCCCUCUGCCCCUGCUCCCUCUGCCCCAGCCCCCUCUGGCUCUCAGCCCUCUGAGUCAGCUACCGGCCCCGCCCCCUCUGGUGGUGGCUCGCAGCCCAGUGGUUCCAGCAGCGCAACUGUGCCCGCCAGCUCCGUCUCUGCGACCCCUUCCGCCACUGAGUCCUCCAGUGGCUCUUGCCCCACCACUCUCACUUCCGGCAACUACGAGUACCCCCACCUGAUCGUCCCGGUCGACUCUUCCUCGCCCGACACCGCGGCUGGUACUUCCUACAACGGCACCGUGAGCUCCACCAUCUCAAGUGUGUUCAACUUCGACAUCCCCUCGUCCGAUUCCGGUAAGACUUGCAGUCUCGUCUUCCUCUUCCCCGAGCUCCAGGACCUCGAGACCUCGUCCUACAGCUUCAGCGGUGACGGCAAGAUCGACUUCUCCAAGCUUUCCUCCGCUGUCGACGAGUCUACUACUUUCAAGAACUUGCCUUCCGUGUCCCAGGACCUUGGCGAUAUCACCGUUUCCCCCGGUAACUCUUACGUUGUCUCCACCUUCUCUUGCCCCGCCGGCGAGAAGGUCACCUACAAGAUGGAGAACUCUGGCAGCACCGACCUGAACUUCUUCGAGGACUACAACCCCUCUCCGUAUGUUUCCUUCUCUGAUCUUUCUGCUUGGAAGUCAGCUAACAGUUUCUCUAGUCUCGGUCUGUACAUCACUACCUGCUAA